AGUCACAAUUGGGCUGAGACCAGAGCGUGGCCCGGCCCGCCGGGUCCCCAGGGCAGCCCUGCCAGCCCAGGCCGGCCCGGCCCAGCCACACACGCACCAUGAAGUACCCUCUGGUGCCGCUGGUAAACGAGCUUACAUUUUCUUUCCUGGUGUUCUGGCUCUGCCUGCCCGUGGCCUUGCUGUUGUUCUUGCUGAUCGUCUGGCUACACUUCUUACUCAGCCAAGAUUCAGAGGAAAAUGACUCAGAUGUAUGCUUUGAUUGGGAGCCCUGGAGUAAAGGCCCCGCCAAGUUUUGCCAGGAGGAGACAUUCCACAGCCGAGAGGAGGAGAGGCCCUGCUGGUGAGGCUGUUCUGCCGGAUCCAGUGUUCCACUGCUUCCCAGCCUGGUUUUCCUGGGGUCCGUGGGGCUGUGGCAGCGGCCAACGUGGAUGGGAGACUCGCCGGGGAGGGGAGCGGACUUUGGUGAGCAAGGCGCCCCCCAGGCCCCCAACCCAUCUGCUCCACUGAUGGACACAGGAACGCCUCCAGAGACCCAGCUGUUCUCCGUUACAGACGACCUUCCAGGCCCCCCAGGGAGAAGCCCGAGUCUAUGAAGACAGUAUA